GCGGCCCCGGGGCACGCAGCCGCGCCGCAGCGCCCCCUGGCGAUGAGCGGCGAAGCCCCAUCCCGCGGCGCCGCACCCCGAGCUCGGGGGGCGCUCGGCCCGCAGCCCCCGCCUGCAGGGAGCGGGGAGGGGAUUUCUCCCGUUACACCGUCGGAUUUUCAAGCCCGAGAAAUUCGCUUUUGACAAGCGGACGGCUAAAGCAGAUUAACCUUUCUGCUAAUCUUCUAUAAUGGCUUCGGAAUCUCCUUAACCAAUAAGGAAAUGAUAAGGGCCCGUUUCUUUUCAUCUGUAUCUAUAUUGUCCUCCCUUGUCUGCAUUUUUUUUUCCUCCUUCUUGUUUUAUUUUCCAUUCCUUUUCUAACACGAAAUGGCCCAGCGAUCCUAUCGCCCGCGGCCACCAUAAACACAACAUCAGUAAUCCCUUCCUUUAUUCCUCUCCGGUAACAGGGUGCAGAGAGGUGUCUGCCGAUUGGGAUUGAUCACAGCAGCCAUCAAAAGUCUCCUUUGUAAGAUCUGGAUCCUAAAUCCCAUAAUUCUUUGAUAAAAGAGGCAUUACCGGCCCAUUUUCCGAAGUGAAAGGUAUGGGAGAGAUGGGGAAAAAAAAAGCAAUCAGCAGAGGCACUAAUAGGCUGUGUGUGUGUGGUGGGAGGCAGGCUGGGAAGGGCCCUUUGUGAAGGAAUGGGGAAUGGGGAUUAAUCUGCUUCGGCCGUCUGAUUAGUACAGCUGAGAGCAGAAUGAGUCUGAUUUGGGGAGCAGGGCCUGGCCCCACACCGUCCCCAUGCCAGGGCUGGGAGCUGGGGGCGGGCAGCUGCAGGCUGCAAGGGGCUUUUCCCCUUGUAUUGAAAUGGUUAGAAGGUAUGUUGCACAUUCAAUAGCCAAAAGAGAAGCAAAACAGAGGGAUGGAAGAAAAACUACUGACGUUUGAUGUGUGAGUUUCACAGCCCUUCCACUGUGUCCCCAGGCUGCUCAUCUUGCUAGGUUCAAUACGAGCACCCAUCCCUUCCAUGGUGAUUCCCAGAGAGUGUUCACUCCUGGGCACCGCUUCCCCUCCACACUGCGAGCAGAACACAUCCAACGUGCCUCCCCAAAGGGCAGCUGUGUGGGAAGUGCUCUCAUGCCACCGAGAUGUGCCACGGAGCCGUACCACCAAGCCAGGCCACCACCACGCUGUGAGCGACCCUAAUCGAAUUCAUUAAGGAAUCCGAAUCCUUACAGAGGGUGUGCAAGAUGUAAAGCGUCUGUGGUACUGUUCUGAUUAUGGCAGUGGAGGCGGGGGGAGGGAGGAGGAGGGAAAACACAAUUUCUCUGCUUUCAGCAGGAAAAUAAGUCAACUUUUGCAGAGAGUUCUGGUGCAGCCAAAGGCUAUGCUCUCAUUAAAAAUGACUUUUUAUUAAGCUGAGCUCUCUCCUCUCUCAUAUUGUAUGAUAUGACAGCUCUCUUUUGAUGGGAAAGCUUUCAUUUGGCCAGAGAAAGGGAUAAUUUGCUUCUUGUAAGGAGUUAAUCCUCCAGUCCAUUUCUAUGCUGGGGAUGGCUGUCCUCCCCCUGCCCUGCACCGGAGGCUCCGGCACAAUGGAGAUCAUAACCACCUCAAAUCUACACCUGAGAUGGAGAAAUCAGAUUUCCUUCUUGAGUCAUUUCUGUGGGAUUAGCUAAAUCUUAGAUCCACACUAACCCUUCACAAAGCCGCCAAGAUUAGUUAGAAUUUAUUUUAUUCACAAGGGGGUUUAUGGUUUUCUUUCCAAAGGGAUUAUAUAUAUCUCUCUCUAUAUAUAGGGUGACUUCAGGCGUAAAGCAGCCAGGUUAGAGGGAGGAACAGUGUGCGGUGUGUAUAAAAUAAAAACUCUGCUGCCAGAAUGACCAUCACUUGAAACUCCGGGACAACGCAGGGAUUCUGGGCAGCCUCACUGCUCUGCUUUCAGGGCUCCGUAACACUGCAAGACCCUGAAGAGAGCAGACCCUGCUCAGUGUGAGCUUCCACCACCACUGGCCCAGCCAAGGAUGUCUGCAGAGCCCACGCUGGAUGCCAGCUCAGGCAGGAGAGCUGUGCAGUGCUCGUUCAGCAUUGAGAACAUCCUCGCCAGCCCGGCAGAGAGGAGCCCCCAGGUUCUGGUCCCACUCUGCCUCCAGGGCAUCCUGGACUGUGCUCCCAAAGGGCUGUGUGAGCUGGAGGGCAUUGCCCUGCAGGAGGAGGAGGAGGAGGAGGAGGAAGAGCUGGAAGGUGCGGCUUGUAGCUGCUGCUGCUGCUCCCACACGGGCACACGGCCUCUGCAGGACCCUCCGGGUUGGCUGGGUGAGUGAUCGGGGCUCUGCACGGUGCAGUUUGUGUGCUGGGUGACAGUGCUCUAGUGAGGAGCUGCUGAGUCUGCUGUUAGCAGGGCUUCUGAGAGCUGCCACCUUCACCAGGGAUUUAAAUCAGCAGGUGCUCCUUGUUACCAAAGCACUGCUGCUUUGUGGUAAAGCACACAGAGUGGCACUUCAGGGUGGGAGCUCUGCACAGAGCAUGGGCCCCAUGGUCAUGCUGGCAGUGCUCCUUCUCACCACCCGCUCUUGGGAACCUCACUUGUCCUUUCAGGGAAAGGUGGGAGGUUUUGUGGGUUUUUUUUUUUUGCUACAUCUAGCAAAAUGGAUGCAUUUAGCAAAAGAAAAUAAAAGAAAAAUAGAAAACCUUCAUUUGUGCUUCAAAGGCAUCCUGAAAGUUCAGAAAUACUCCAUGUUAUGAUGGAAAAACAACUCUUAGCUAUGCUGUAAGUUUCCAAGUCGUUUUCUGGAGCUUGUCCACAGCAUCACUGGUAAGUGAACACAGAAAACAACACUAGAGCUCCCCACCCAUAUGCUUCUUCCCAAGCAACACUCUGAGCCUUUCUCCUGCUUGCACUGUGGUCAUGCAUCUUUCACCCAUGCAAGCUGCACUCCAUCCACACAAUGAGUGCAGAUGCAGACAGUGCUCGAUGCCGCUGUACUUCAUCCCCACAGAGCUGACUGUCCCACUCCUUGCAGACACAAGGUUCCCUUGGCCCAUGCGACUGCUCCACUCGGCGGUCAGAGGCUGCAAGAGCCCCCAGGGCAGCCCCAGAGAGCUGCAGGCCUUCCAGCAGAUCCAGCGCCGGACGCGCCGCCAUCGCACCAUAUUCACCGAGGAGCAGCUGCAGGCCCUGGAAACACUUUUCCACCAGAAUCAGUACCCGGACGUCAUCACCAGGGAGCACUUGGCCAACCGCAUCCACCUGAAGGAGGAGAGGGUGGAGGUCUGGUUUAAGAACCGUCGAGCCAAGUGGAGGCAUCAGAAGAGAGCAUCUGCCUCGGCGCUGGUCCUUCAGGGCAGCGCGGAGCCGCCUAAGGAGAGCCGCUAACGGCCCUGAGGGAGGGGAUCAGCCGGGCCGGGGCUCCUGAGGUUCAGAGGGCGGGAUGGGCGAAUGCAGGCGUGGCUCCUCCAAAACCCGACCUCUGCGCUGAGCCCCGUUCCCGUGGGGUGGCCCUCAGAUGCCGAAGCGGGCACAAAGCCGAAAGGCAGUGUGAGGACAGCGCCUGUGCUGUGCGUGUGGCGCACGGCCGAGCUGCCCGGGCUGCUGGUGUUUGUGUUACCUCCGCUUUGUGAGCACCCUGCCGAUGAAGGCUGCUCUCGGCACUCCGUGGCUUCGAGCAUCGCUAUGGGGCCCCCAGGACGAGGUGCCUCGCCCCAAGCAAUGCGGGCCAUGCCUGCGCCCCUGGCGCGGGCAAAGACCCGCGUCCUUCACUACACACACACCUACGGAGCUGCCGAGCCCUGCCGGUGUCCCUCAGGCCCCGCUGCGACUCCGUUACCA